AUGGACAUGCAACACGGCGACCAAGGUCGCCAACAAACUGACAGAAGGCCUCCAUUGGAGGAACCUGAAGAAGUCGCCGGAAGCGACCCUUUUCCAGUUAGUUCACGAUUUGGCUACAAUAUUUCAGGGUUAAAAAGAGUCUUAAUCCUUUAAAAUCGAUUUUUUCAUGGAAGACAUGUAGGACUUCAAAAUAAAUGUUUUUUCUCGGAAACGUAGGGUACCAAAAGACUCUCGGUCAUAUUUCAGGGUUCAAUAAGACUCUUAAUCAUGUAAAAUCGAUGUUUUAAUGGAAAAAUGCAGACAUAUUGAUAUAGGAUCGCAAAAUAGUUCCUUUUUUGGAAAAUAUGGAGUUCAAAAAGACUCUCGGCCAUAUUUCAGGGUUUAAAAAAAGUCUCAGUCCAGUAAAGUCGGUUUUCCAACGAAGAAAGAUGCAGAAAUAUUGAUAUAGGACUCAAAAAUACAUGCUUUUCUCGAAAAUAUGGGGUUCAAAAAAACUCUGUGCCAUAUUUUAGGGUUCAAAAAGAGUCUUAAUCAUGUAAAAUCAAUUUAUUACUGUAGAAAAUGCAGACAGAUUGAUAUAUGACUUCAAAAUACAUGAUUUUCGCAUACAGUUCAAGCCACUGGAAUUUUGGCCAAAUUUUCUACGAUUAAUUUGAAGAAAAUUCAUCAAUACACCAAAUUUCACAAGUUCCACGUCGAACUCUGCUUUUCCAAACUGAAAAGUGAUUAGAAAACAACGUCUUUCAAAAAAUCAGGCAAAAAAAACCCCCAAAUGGGCGGUUUUUGUUUGUGGUUCCUAAUAAGUUAUGUGAAAGGCUGACAUUCCAGAAUAUAAAAAAAUUUCAACACGAUGAUACUGAUUUUCAAAAUUACCGAAGAAAUUCUGAAAUUUUCUUGGUGCUAUGUAAAAAAAAGUUGAUGUAGCUAGAACCGUAAUUUCUCAGAAACCUCGAAUAGUUAGGGCAGGACAUUAUUUCUACAUAGGCAAAGUCGGAAAGGGUGGAAAAAGGCUCCAUAGAAAUGUUCCUGUUAGAGUGACAAAGGUCCUUUUUUCCUGCUUUUUUGCGCCAUUUUAUGGGCUCUUAUGCACCCUUUUUGCUGCCUCUCCCUUUUUCCACCAUUUCUCGAGCCAUUAAAAUCCCAGAAACAAUGGAAGACUCGAUAAAGGACUCUCUUCACUGCCUUUCUGGGGCCUUUUUGCUGCCGUUUUACAGCCUUUUUUGAGCCUCUCCCUUCUAGUGGCCAUUAUUCACCAUUCCGACUUUGCCCGAGUAGAAUAUGAUCAAAUUCAAAAGUCCAACUGAAAACUAAACUAAUUUGCUUUUACAGUGGCCGCCAUGCCACAGCAUAGCACUGAGGCCGGAUGUCGCUGAAGGCGUAAGUUUCUUUUUGAUUGUGUUUCAAUAUUUUUAAAAAACUAAUUUGAGCUGAUCCUGGGUUUUUGGGAACCAGCGCUCAAAAAUUCUAAUAUUUUCGUCCCUCGGACAUUGGUAACGCGAAACGGACGUGCUCCGGACGUUUCUGGGCGAUUCUAGAGAUCACUUAAGAGUUCUGAGGCUACUAAAGUGGUCACUAGAAAUGCCCCGACACGUCCGAUUCGCGUCCCGUUCGCGUUACCAAGGUCUGAGCCGAAGAAAAUUUGGGAUGCACUUGAAUAGUAGUCCAAUCACUCUAUGUUUAAUGAAAUAGAAAAUUUUUUUAAGAAUCAUAGAACUUUUUGAGUAUUUUAAAAUAAGGAAGAAGAGACCAUCGUAAUGGAAUAUCUAACAUGGUUUCCUUUCAGACAAGGGACUUCUUGCGAACAAAUCGCCACGCAAGACCCGGCGUCGGCAGACUCUACCACGCCAGCAUCUGGACGGACCAGUUCGGAACGGAGGUGAGUUCUUUGAUCCGCCUUUUUUCUAUCUAGUAUGACCUCACUGACUAGUAGAGCUUCCAACUCCUUGAGAUAUAUAGUCUGUUCAGAUUUUGAAUGUCAAGUCAUCGCUAAAGCUCCGCCCCUAAUGGUGCGAUAAACCAAUCAGAGAGCGAGCCAUCCACAGAGUUUUUUUCAAUGACGUCAUUGCACUUGACAUUAAAAAUCUGAACAGACUAUAGUCCGUUUUUCGCGACUGGGGUGGGUUUUCUCUAGCCCUCCUUAUCUCUCAACGUCUCCCUCAUGUUUACGUACUAUUUCCAUGUUUCUCUGACCGGUGAGGGAACAGAGAGACGCAGACACGUGAAAACUUUCAAGUCACGGCGGACAAACUAUAUGUAUAACUUUGUUUACAAAAAAAUAAAGUUAUAGACAUUUUUUGAAGAGAAAAAAACCUCGAGUUAUCUUUAAAUUUAGCCUAAACUUCUCGAAAAUCUUUGAAAUCUUAUACUACUCCGAAAAAAACGAGAAAAGAGAAGGAUUUUGUAUCAUUCGACAUUUUAUCGAUUUUAAAAACUCACAAACAGUAAGAGCCCUAAAAAUCUCACAAAACGGAGUUUGAAAAUGAGAAAAUUUAUUUUUACAGCACGUUGAGCUCACCCUGUUCGUUCCCACCGAACAAGAUGUCGCGGUUCGUUUUUUUUAUUGAUUCUAAAGACUCAAGAAAUGGUGGAAAAGGUAGAGGCAGCAAAAUAGUGCAUAAGAGCCGAGGAAAUGGCGCAAAAGGCAGCAAAAAAGGGGCCUUUGUGACCCUCAAAGGAAUUUUUCUAUGGAGCUUUUUUUCACCUUUUCCGACUUUGCCUAUGAUUGAUUGAAAUGUCUAAAAAGUUUUUGAGGAAUAAAAAAAAACUAAAAAUUUAAUUUUGAGACAGUUUCUGCGAUUUUUCUUUCACAAAAUACAUUUUAGGCAAAAAGAAGGACACGGCUUUAUUAUAUAAGCUUUUUUUAGAAGCCGUGUCCUUCUUCUAUAUAAAGCUUUAACCUGAUGGAGUUCUGGUUUUUUUCCAACUUUGUUAAUAGUUUCAAAAAAAUGAUCUCUGAAUCUGUACUUGCAUGAACAUAUUAUUUCAGUCGAUCCGGGAAGAGGCGCUUGAAGUUGAAGCAAAAAGGAGAGAGCCGGCGCCGCCAAGGCCUCAAAACCGCAGGCCCUGCGAAUUCGCCAGAGUUCGUUUUUCAGUAUUUUCAAGCUCAAUAUAUUCUUAUUCAUGCUUCAUCAAAACUUUGGAUGAGAGAAAUAAAGCUGAACGCUUCAAAGUUUGAAGUGAACAUGAAAAAAAAGUCUGACGUUUUUUUAAAAUCGAUUCAGCAUCGAAAAGUAUUUUUUCGACUCUAAAACUAAAAAUUUAAAAAAAUAGCUUAAUCUCAACUUUGAACAGCGUCUCACUACAUGAAAAAAAGACUGUUUCCAAAAAAAUUUUUGUAAUAAAAAAAUUCGCAGUUAUUUCAAUUUUUACGAAAGAAAUUCACAAAAUUUGGGCUCACUAUUUUUUUCAAAUGAAACAAAUAAAACAGUGGGGCGCAUUGAAUUUUUUUAAUUUUUUUCUGGUCGAGGCAAAUGAACUGAUGGCUACUGUAUCGUUUUUUUAUUAUCAUAUUACAGUUUAUGGACGUCGUCGGUCCUGAACAAGCCGUAAUAAGGCUAGAAAGAAGAGAAGAAGAAAGAGAGGACGGCGAAGAAGAGGAAGAGGUCAGUACAUAAAGAAAUAUAUAUAUAUUGAAAAUAAUCACACUUCUGAGUUUCUUGUUUCGAGAUUUUUUUCUGAUUAUUUUUUCGAAUCAAGAAAUUGAACCCGAAAACAGCUCCUAUGGUACAGUAAAAUCCAACUUUUCAGGCUCCAUCCACUUCAAGAAAAACGCAAAGCCGAGGAAGACCUCUCGGUCCGGUCUCCGAAGGUUAGUUUGAAAAAAAUAAAUUUCAUUUUGUAAGAAAAGAGAGGGCGACGCGAUAUUGCACCGUUGCACACAGCCAAAUUGCGCAUACAGUAACCUCGGCGAAGGCAAAGAGCGCUUUUUACAUUUUCUCAUCAUUCCGAUCGUUUUUGCCUAAUCGGGAGUAAAUUUUUCAUGUUUUUUGUUUUUUACCUCGAGGCGGCGAGCUUCAUGAGGUUCCGAGUAAAGCGCGAAGACGCGAAAGAGCGUGGAUGGCUGUUCUAGAGACGACCAGAGGCGAAAGCUGGUUUCAAAAACCUCGGUAAGUCAAAGUUAUCUAUAGUUUCGGUUCGUUAAUAUUCCGUGUCGUCUUGCCCCUCAAUUUCCACCUCUUUCCACUUUUCUAGCUUUUUUAAAUCAAAAGUCUCGAAUGUUUGAAUAUUUCAAAAUAAAAAAAAAAAAAAAUUUGUUUUUGGCGAUAGACAAGUUUUACAAAAAAAAAAAAAAAAGUUCCAUCCCAGCCCAAUACGCCCUCUUACCCUUAUCACUCUCGCUCUCCUCAGGUGGCCCUGUAAUAAGAACCUUAAUAAACAUUUACCAAUUAGUCCAGGCUUCUCAAGUCUUUCCCUCUCCCAGAAACCAUGUUUCUCUUAUCCGUGCCGGCAAAUGCGUGACAUGAAGUUCCCACGAUGAUGUCCCUUGAGUAAGGACGUUUUCAGAACGUUCCCUUGUUUGCCACUUCAAAACGCUCAUAUUUUGAUUUUACAAAAGCCCAAAGAAUUUUACAAGCAUAGAGACCUCCUGGCUACAAACCCUCGGAAAACUUUGGAUAAAGUUGGAUAACCUGUUGGCCCUCCCAUGACCUCUUCCCGGAACAGAACACUGAAAGACUAAACUGGUAACGUAUGACAAAAAAAGCUCUGAAAAGCGAAGUGAUCAGAGAGAACUCUGGACAAGAGUCUUAAGACCCCGGAGUCAGUCCCUCAUCCUGCCAUCGAGCUGUUUAAAAAGUUUCACGAAACACAUUGCGGCCACGUUUGUGUUAGAAAGUACUUAGACCCUCAGAAAACCUUCCUUAUCCCUGUGUCAUUUUUCCUGCUGAAGCCCCAUCAGAAUGGAGAGAAAUUAUUGUGAUGAGGAUUCUCUCUCAGGUUUAAAUCACAGUUCUAACCUCUCGGUCCGGUCUCCGAAGGUUAGUUUGAAAAAUAAAUUUCAUUUUGUAAGAAAAGAGAGGGCGACGCGAUAUUGCACCGUUGCACACAGCCAAAUUGCGCAUACAGUAACCUCGGCGAAGGCAAAGAGCGCUUUUUACAUUUUCUCAUCAUUCCGAUCGUUUUUGCCUAAUCGGGAGUAUGUCCCACCCUCCCACCCUCAUACUCCCUCUCUACCACUGGCAAAAACACCGUCGACCCCACCGCACCAGUUUCAGCAUAGUCAAAAUUCUUAAAAUAGAAUUUGUAAGUGAAGACUUCAAAAAGGUCACCCCGGCGGAAACAGCUUCUUUCCAAUACAUAAGCCCUUUUCCGCUCUCUUCUGAGAUUAAAUCCGGCGCCCGUCAGCCCUGGACAAGCUGGGCGCCGUACUGUUCCUACAUGGAGAGGAAUGGAUCGUCGAAAACGCCGAAAACCUUCGACUACUAUCACAAGAGAGGCCUGAUGCUUUACGCUUGAUCAACGACAGAUUCGCAAACGGACAAACAUGUCUUCAACUAUUUCAUGGUUCAGAAGAGAACCUGUAGACUGAGUAAAAGUUACAUAAAGCCCUUAAUAGAAAGCUUGGGAAACAAUACCUCAACACUCUCAGUCUCCCCCUAUAGGCACUCGAAAAAAUGUUUUUAGAUCAGCGAGCCUACGCAUCUGGAGUCGCGUGAAAGAAGGUCAGCCGAAGCGGAGGCCGCACGCGCAGUUUAAGUUGACCGACAACACGAGGCUCACUUCUGCAACACUCGGAACUACGACAAGCGGCGCUCCUAUGCGACUACAUGCAAAUGAUGAUCUACCGUACAUUCAAUCGUCAAAUUCUUUAUCUGUAUCGCCGUCCCUUGAUUCUUGUUGCAUUCCUACUGGGUUUUUGGUUUGGGUUACAAGGCAAUAAACGCGUCGACUCUCUUGAAUGACAAAAUACAUUUAUGAUGAAAUGAAAUGGAAUUAUAAAAGAAAAAAUAAUGGAAGCCAAAAAUGCAUCAAUUUUAAGGAGAAUAUUUUCUAUACGGUUCAUUUUCCGAAAAUACACAUUGUCAGAAUAAUCAUUUUGCAAGCCUAGCUUAAAAAGUAUCAACUUUAUCAGAAAUAAACUCACGUGAAUAAUUUUUUUCAUCAAGAGAAAAGAUUAUUCUUUGCAGAGGUGGAGGGUUGGGAAGGCAGUCCUUGGCUUGGCGGCCAAGCCAAGCCAAAAAGCCAAACGAUAGAAAUGAGCCAUAAAUUUACGUGGUCUUUGGCAACUAGGUCAAGUACGUGGCGAUAACGCCCUGAACUAAUCAUUAUCAAUUUCGUAAAUUUUUGAAUUGUUUUUCGCAACUUCGUGUUAACGUUUUUUUAAUCUACUGUAACAGUUAUUUCAGCAGGGAAUUGUCACGGAAACAGGUCAAAAGGCUACCUUUUCAAUUUCACUAGAGAACUAUUUCGACAAAAAAUUUUUGAGAUGCCAUGAAAUUGAUGCAAAAGUAUUUCUCUUGAUUCAUUUGGUUUCCAAAAAAGUCAAAUGACUGAAAAAUUCUAUUACGCCAGGCCACCUCGUUAACAGUGCAAGGCUUACAGUUCUCUACCUGGAUUUUUCCGGUGGUAUUAAAAAAAACCAGCGAAUUUUUGAACGGCGACUUUUUCCGAUUUGUUCAAAUCGCUAGGGAACUUUCCGACGGACCACUUCCCGACUUUUUUCCCUUUUUUUUCGGUUCCUAAAACAUUUUUUUGUCUACUUUUUUGUGUUUUAAUCAUGAAUCAACUACCUACUUUAUAUGGGAGGAUUCAAAACGAAGAGUUUAUUUAGCAAAAAAGUUGAAAAGGAUUAGUCGGAAAGGUGGCCGUCGGAAAGUUCCCUAGCGAUAUGAAAAAAUCAGAAAAAUCGCCGUUCGAGUUUUCGCUGAUCUUUUUUUCAUACCACCAUUUUUUCGUGUUUUUGUAAAAAAGUUUCAUACAUCGCUCAAAACAAGCGCUUCUAGAUGCUAGGGCGAUUUCGCCUUACAAAUGACAGUCGCGCCACGUUGACUUUUGAAAAAGUCAUUUCUGCCUUUUGGGCGUUUAUGGCUUGGCAGGCAGGGCGGCCAGAGGGCAGCCAUCCUCCACCUCUGAUUCUUUGAUUGAAUGCUCAUUUAACUAUCUAGAAACAACGAAAGCUGAGGGAAAUCUUAAAAUUUGACCUUUUCCAUAGAUUUUCUUCUCAUAGAGCUCUUUUUAUAUGGCUUCAAAAAAACAUGAACUAAGAAGGAAAAGGUGAAAAUAUUGGUUUGAAAAAAGUGACAUGCAAAAAAAGCUUGCUCAUGCAUUUAAAAGCCAUUGGAAUCGAAAUUUCACCAGAAUAGUUUUUUGAAUUAUUUUUCCAAAGCGUUUCGAAGGUACUUAUAUUGUCGAAAUAAUCAUUUUCCUCAGUUUUUCAAAAAGUUUAUCAGAACUAACAUGAGAUAUUUCACAACAAGGAAAAAAAUUCUCAAUCUCUUUAGAAUAGGAAAAAAAGCUGCGCAUACAUUAAAAUUUGAACUUUUCCAUUUUUUAAAAAAAUACGGAGAUGCUUUCUUUAUGCCAAAAUGUGUAUUUCGCGCAGAUGAUUUUUUUAUCCGAAAAUGUGUAUUUCGCGCAGUUUUUUUCUUCAAAGAUAUUAUAAAUAAAUUAAUUAGGGCUGUGCGUGGGUCGGUCUUUAUGCGCGCAUCGAUCCAGGAGCUUUCUUUAGUCUUAUUUUAAAAUUUACAUGAAACUUUCCGAUCCCAUUCGAUCAACUUUUCGAUCAAACCCAGCGCACAGCUCCAAAGUUAACUCCCUUAGAAACUUGUGAAUUUCAGAAGACAUUGUUGGGUCCGCAAGGAACAACGGAGAAGAGGCCCGCGGGCGAAGAAUUGGAAGGCCCAGUGCCAAAAUGGCACUGUGUGGAUCCAGCGAACGUUGGUUUUUCUUUCUUUCGAAAAAAUAUUCAUUGUUAAUCUAGUUGUUAAGUUUUCUAAUAGUAGCACUAAAAGAUCCACGAAUGAAUCAGUGAAAAAUUGAUUUUUUGAUUUCUCUCAUUGAGGAAGCUCUAAUUUAGGGAAUAUUAAUUUAGUUUAAAUCUAGUAUCCGUGGAAUUUUUAAAAAAAUACAAAGCCUGAAAUCAUUAAUUUGUUUAAUUUGAUCAAUCUUUUUAUCAAAAAUUUCUUGCAAUUUAAGAAAUUAUUGAAACAAAUAUUGAAUUGAAAUGAAGCCGCCAAAAAGUUAACAAAAUUGAAUAAUAUUUUCACUACUCAAUUUGAUUUUAUUUUAAAAUUAUACAUUCGAAAAUAGCAAAAAAAUCUAACUUUACGUAAGCGUAAUAACUUUUUUUCCAGAUCGCUCGAUUCAGCACAGUAUCAAAAAUUUUUGAAACCAAUCGAACAUGGAUUUUCAACAUGUCUAGUAAACGAAUAAACAAAAAAAUUAGAAAAAAAAAUAAAAGGAACUAACCUUUCAUUUAUCGUUUCUCCUUUUUUUCGAUUUUUCUCUAAGCUUUGUGCAAAUCCUGAAAAAAAUGAAGUGAAUGAAACAAAACAAAUGUGAAGAAUAAAAUACACUUUUUUUAAUAGGAAAAAUUUGAAUCUUUCUAAUUUUUUUGAGUAUGCGCCUACUUUACGUAACAUUGCGACCAAUACACGCGAAAAAAAUGACAGACUCCAUGAAAUGAACUUUGAAAGUUUGUUGAUUUAAAAUCAUCGGUAUUCAAUGAAAACCAGAAGAUUUUUUUGGUAUAUCAAGUUGUAACUCUAGCAUAAAUAUUUCAAAACUUGUGUUUCAAUUUUUUUCUUCCAAACGAAAUGAAUGUAAAAAAAUUAUAAUGUUUGAUUUUUGACCUGCUGAAACGGAAAAAAACUCAUUGGAAUUCAACCUAUUGACUUGGAGAUGAUUGAGAAAAGAGUGCAGAGUUGUAGGAGAAGCUUGAAAAAAAGAGGUGAAAUUAUUUUUUCUCCUAGGAAUUUUUCAGAUCUCUCCUAACUAGUUAGAAAACUACGAAGCAGAUUGCAAUCCGUUUCUAAACAAAAUGAUUCAGGCCGCUGCCGAAGAAAGUGGGGCCGCAGAAGGCCGAACAACGGCGUCGGUAGAAGGAGGAGAAGAGAGAGAUGGCCAGGAAGAAGGGUCUCUCGACGACCUCGAGCCGUGGGAGCUGGAGUUGCUCGAACUGGAGCGCUCCGAAGGCUCAGUAAGUCUUCUUCCUCUAGUCAUUUUACAUCAUAAAAACUCUCUAAAAAGAAUACUUUGCUGAAAACUUGAAAAAAAUCUGGUUAUUUGCUUUUUUUUGUUUUCAUUCCUAGCCUUGCUGCUGACAGAAAAAAAACUGAAGAAGUCAGAAUUUUUCCGAGCGCUUGAAUAAGUCAGUGCUCAAAAUAAAAGAUACAAAGCCGCCUGAAGACUUUUCACGCCUUUUUUGUUAGUGGAAGAAGCCGUGUUUAUAAUGAUUCUGCGAAAUUCAAAAUAGCCAUAAGAAGUGAAAAAUAUAAACGAAUUUAGAAAGUUCACAGAUUAUUUUGAAUAUCGCGAAAAUUAUUUCGAACACGGCAUGUACGAGAGCGCCGCAGUGCACGCACACAACACGCUAUACUUUACGAAAAAAAUAUGGGUCGUCAAAAAAAAAAACGGAGUGGUUUUACCUUGCAAAAAAGCGGUUUUCGCGAGCCUGAUUGGACUUUUCAAAAAUGAUCGAUUUAGUUCCAAACGGACGACUUCUCCUCUUUGCUGGAGAGCCUCGGAGGGAGCGGCGGAGCUCCAAGGGAGGAUGGGGACGAGGACCCAGAAGUUUGUCUUUGAACUUUAUUCUCACUAAUAAUUGGGUACUUCAUUGAAAAUUUCUUGAAAAUUCGAUAAAAAAUUUCCGAAAAACUAAGGUUUUCCUUGAGAGCAUUUAAAAAGGAACGACAGAAAUUUUGCUGAUCUAAAAAAAAAACAUUUAGACGGAUUUUGUGGGCGGCGCCUUGGCCCCCCAAAACGUUUCUGGAGUGGAUGAGGACGACGACAAUUCCUCAUCCAGUGCCUCGUCACCGGUGAUUUUUUAUUUUCUCAAUUCUCAUAUAACUGUAGUUUUCUCUUACACGGGAAGUGCAAAAGGUCGAUGUAUUGGAAUUUGAUGAAACUUGGUUUUUUCGGACAUCCCGAAUUCAUAAAAGUUGCAAAAAGUGCGCCUUUUUGGUUCUAGUCGAGUUAUUAUACGCAAAAAAAAUGAAUUAGUUAGACGAAGGGAAUCUCAGCUGUCAGCAUUUGGCGUGGUGUAGUGGCUAGUAGUCUAGCGCUAUGAACCCUAUGACGCUGGCUCGGAUCCUUCUUAGUUGCAUUUAUUUUUUCCAAUUUUUUUCUCUGUUAGUUGUGAAAUUCACGGAUAACUUGGGACGCUGAGGGGGCGUGGCGUGUCUGCGCCCUCCAUCAAACAUACACUAUCUCUUUUAUUAUCGGGUCAGGACCCUUUUUUGAUGGUUCAAGCCAGCCGUGAAUCAACUAUAAGUGUUAUUCCCUUCGAUAUAUGAUUUCUAAACCUUUCUUUUUUGAUUAACUGUCUAGCAUUUUUGGAGAUUAGAUUAGAUAUAAUUUUUUCAAUCGACCAAACCGCUACGUAACAAGAAACGUUUAGAAAAUUUGAGAUUUUGAAGCCGUAGAUAUAAGAUUUCUCAAAUUUAAAGCUUUGUAGAUCUAAAAGUUUCCCAAUCGUUUGCUAUUUUAUCAAUCAGAUUUUUUCAGGCCUCCCUGAGCGAUGAGCUCAAGGAACUCCAAGCUCUCUUCGAGCUUGAGGCGGCCGAGGAGUUCGACUUGUCGGUUAGUUUUAUUAUUCCUUUCAUUUUCUUUUGAAAAUAAUAAAAAAAUUCACUGAACUAUCACGAUCCUUUUGAAAAACGUCGAAUUUCGAAAUUUUCAGUGAUUUCUCGAUUGGUAAAAAAUAUUGAAAGGAACAAGAACCAGACAACUUCAAAUAUCUAGAAAAAUUCCAUGACUUGGCAAAUUUAAAAAUAACCUUGAAUUAAAAAUUGAUUCAGGACGAGGAUGAGUCUUCGGACUCAUUCUUCCUCUCCGACAAGCGGCUGGCCGCCUUCAGGAAGGCCUACGCCGAGAUGUAUCCGGCUGAGGUUAUUAUUCUGAUUUUUCUUCCACUUGUCGUCAGCUUCUUCUAGACCUAAACUUUUCUAUCAAAUAAUCAAAAACGUUUUUAUUCGAAAAAUAAAUAGCAACAAUUAGCGAAUAAAAAAUAAAAAAGAAACAAAAUAUAGAAUUUUUCAGUUCACCAAGUUUGUUUCUGUAGAAUUUCAUCGUCAUACUAAGUGUAAAAAUUGCAAUUAUUCGCGAAUUCUCGCAGAAAUUGAGCCGAAAAUUGAUGGGAAAAGGGCCAAUUGUAGACACCCCAAGCGUAUUUCUCAAUACCAUCGAAACCGUAUGAUUUCAAUUUUUAAUCGACAGCUCGAAUCGUCUAAUUCAUAGUAACAAUAGACUGAAGAAACAGAAAAAAACUUCAAAAAAACAAUCAAAGAAAAAAUUGGCGCAAAAAAACGAAAGCUUUGGCAAGGAUCUGGAGUUCUCACAGUUUUUUUAGGGCGUGCCCGUAAAGCCGAUGCGGCGCGGUUGCAAAAUAAUGUGGAUUUACGCAUCUGAAAAAAAAAUGCUUUUUUUUUAUUCAUUUUACAAGAAAAAAAAAACUGAAACCAAAAAUUGAAUAACUUUUUUCUGUUCCAGUUGCACAAAGACAGUAUUUUUCAAUGAAGUAGAUUAAAAGCGUGAAUUUUUUUGAAAAAUUCUUGAAAUUUGAUUGGUUGGACUUGGAUAUAUCAUAUUGAGUGUGAAAAAGAUUAUCAGAAUUUUUAAAUAUUCGAUGUUAUUCAAGUUUUUAUCAAAUAUUUUUUUUUUGAAUUUAUGAAGUGCGUUUCAUCUUGAAGGUUUCAGCUUUUGAAAUAUAACUUGAAAAAAAAAAGAAUAAUUAUGUCGAAUGAUGAAAUUAAAAAAAUAACAAAGAGAUUUUUUGAAAAAAAAAAGCUUCAGCAAUUUCCUCAAUCAGUCUAAUACGGCGUGAACUGGAAAAAUUUUUCAGAAUGUCCAAAAUUUCGAAACUUGAAAAAAAGUUCAAAUCUAGAACAUUUUAAGAAACCUUUCUAGUGAAAUAGAUUCCGCCUCUUAUCUUUUUUUUAAUGUUUCUAAAUUUGGAUUUCAGUAUAACGAAGAGGAGGAGGAAGUCGAAGACGAAGAGGAGUAUGAAGAAGAAGGAGAAGAUGAGGAAGAAGGCGAAGACGAAGAAGAAGACGAGGAAGAAGCCGAAGGCGAAGAAGAGGCCGAAGACGAAGAAGAAGACGAAGGCGAAGAGGAAGAUGAGGAAGAAGGCGAAGACGAAGAAGAGGAAGAGGAAGACGAGGAAGAUGAGGAAGAAGAGGAAGAGGACGACGAUGACCAGUCCGGUCCAGCCUUCCAGCCUGCCGCAGCCCCUCCACAAGCUGCGGCAGGUGCUGCCGGACCUGGUCAAGCCCUCCGUCAGCCCGCUCGUCAGGUAACUAGCAAAUUUAGUGAAGAGAAAAUGAUUAUAAAGUUUUUUUCCCUUUAUUAACUAAUAUAAAAGUUUUAAAAAAGCAAAUUCCCGUUUAACCGAGAGUUUUAUUGCGCAUUUUCGAAGCAAAUUUUCGACUUGAACUACAAAAAAAGCAAAAUUUUCUUAAGUUGCAAAUAAAAGUCGAAAACAGAAAAAUAUAACGGAUAUCCGGAAAUUCAAAGAUGAUUUUGAACUUCGCGAAAAUAACUUUGAACACAUCAUGUGCGAAAGCGCCGCAGUGCAUGAGAGUAAGAGCCCUUUUUUCUCGGAAAUCAGGGUCUAGUGUGUGUUUUUUUUAAGAAUACGCUGUGCCAUAUUAUUUUUCGAAUUGACGCAUAAAAAAUGGACCUGUUUCAGCGCGCCAACCCCGUCUUUGGCCCUGCUCAGCGUGCCUCCAGACGGCAGAGGGGCUUGGGCGUUGGCCAGGCCGUCCGCCGGUCGCCACCAACCCUGGCCGGUCUUUCUCCGGCCCAGCUCCUUGACCACAUCAGAAAGGAGCUGGAGGACAGGCUGGUGGAUGGGGGCACCGGCGACGAGGAGCUCCGGAGGAUCGAGCGGCUGUCCUCGGCAAUGACGUCGCUCACCGCAAUUGAAAAUGGCCGCCAGGUCAAUGGAGCGCAGAUGGCCAGGAUAUUACGGAAGAUCCAAAUGGCAUACUGA